AUGAUGACAGACGACAACAACACGAGCAAAACUACUCCCAACGUGUUUGAGCAUGCUUUACAAACAUGGAUUGAAAUAGACUUACCAAAUUUGCAAAAAAGACUUGAUGAACAAGGGUUAGAAAUCAAAGAGGAUCAGAAAACGUCGGUCCUAAGCCGAAAGAACUUAGCCACAAAGACUAAAGAAUUUAGAAAGUUGGAGGACGCAGAUAAGCUCGAGCAGAUCAAACCACUUUUGAAAUUAUACCAAAAUGAAAUUGAUAGUCUAACUAACAAGGGCAAAAACGUUGAGAAUCACUUUUUCGGUGUGUAUCGAGUGAUAGCAGAAGCACCGGAUCCACGCCCAUUGUUGGAAAUGUCACUAGAUUCGGUGAUUGAGAGUAAAGAUGCGGCUAAGCUUAGAAGUGAAGUAACAAGGUUGGAACAGGAGUUGGCUAAAAAGGCCGAUUAUGAUCAGUUGAAACAACGCUUACUUUCCAAUGAACAAAAAUCGGCUGAGCUUUUGAGUAAUCGAAUAAAAGCUAAGGAGAAUGAGUUUAAAGCGAUGUUGGAGGAGAAGGAAAAGAAUUGGAAAGAAAAGGAGAGCCAGUUUGAAGAUAAGUUGCUAACAGCGCAGAAACAAAUUGAAGAAUUAAGAGCUUUCAAGGAGGUUUCGGAUCUUCAAUUGGAUAACCAGAAUAGAAAUAGUGCUAGUAAAGAGUUGCCAUCUGCCUCAGUACUAGCGGAACUCGAUAUGGUGAGAAGGGAUGCUGAGCUGGCAAAGAAGAGGAUUUUCGAUCUCGAAAAGAGGAAUGAGGAUUUGAGACGAGAAAUAUCAAAGUCCAAGAACGAUAAUGACGCUGAUGUUGUACGUAAUGAGUGUGAUAAGAAAGUACAAGAAGUUGAAAGCGAAAAUGUGCUACUUGUUGCUAGUUUGGAUCAGGUGCGAAAGCAAUUGACCGAAGCUUCCAAGGGGUAUGAAACAAAGAUUGAGUCUAUAAAUAGAGAGAACUCACAAAUGAGUCAAGAAAUCAAGAAUUUGAAACUGAGACUAAGCAAGACAUCCGAUUACGAGGAGAUAAAACUGGAACUUCAUUUGCUUCGUCAAAUUGAGUUUGGGCAGGGUGAUGAAGAAGAUGAUAAUAGUGAACUCGGUCAGAGUGUAAAGUUGGAUUCGAUGGUGAUUGAAAGAAACAAAGUCAUGACACAAGAGUUGGCGCAGUAUAGAUCACAGCAUAAUGAUUUGGUAACCAAAAUUGACUAUCUUCAAAGUCAAGUUGACGCUUCUGCUCAAACUAUAGCCUCAUUGAAACACUUGAACGAGAAGUUGGAGAAUGAUUUAGCAGAUUUGCAAGAAUCAAAUGGCUCCAAUAGAUUCAAUGAUAAUGCAAGUUUGAUUUCAGGUAUGAGCCGAUUCACAAGACCAUCGCAUCUUCGAAGUGGUAGUAUAAUAUCUGGCAUGACGGGAGAUAAUAAAGGUGUUAAUGGUUCUGACGAAUCUUCAAUUUUGCCCAUCAUUACAAAACAAAGGGAUAGGUUUAGGGAAAAGAAUAAUGAACUCGAAGAUGAGCUUCGCAAACUGCAAAACAAGGUCAAUGAACUCAAACGUCAAGUCAACUCAUUGAAACAAGAUAAUGAAGAAUUGUACGAACGUGGGAGAUACUUGGCCUCUUUCCAAACACCAGGGACUAAAAAUAUCACCACUACUGCAUCAGGAAGGAAAUUUCUCAACCCGAAGCCAAAUGUCGAUUUAGAGCGCAAUGAUGGCGAGUAUCAACGCAAUUACGAAAGAAAAUUGCACCCUAUUGAACAAUUCCGAAUUAGAGAACAAGAGAGAAUCAGUUCACGAUUAUCACCGUUGGAGAGAUUGUUUAUAUCGUUAACGAGAGCUAUCUUGGCAACGAGAUUAACUCGAAUGGUGUUUUUUGCGUAUUGUUUGGGCCUUCAUAUAAUUGUCAUGUUUAUUACGAUUUACGCCAUGAACAUACACACCUCGUUGAUUCCGGAGGUGGGGUUGAAUAGCAGCACUGGUGGUGUUACUACAAGUAGUGUGGGAUCUUCUCAAAUGGUUGAGAAUGGCGGAGUCGUUUAA